AUGCUGGCCUUGUCCUCCUCGGUGCUGGCGGCUCCCCAAGUGCAACUCAGCGUCCCUGCGCAGCUGCAGCUCGCCGACACUGUCGCCGAGAGAUACCAGAUCCUCAACAAAACCGAGGACUUUGUGUUUGACUUCAACAAAAUCCCCUUGGCAAAUCGCAAGACCUUUCCCGCCCUCGUUGGGACCGGUGGUGCACUGGCCGUUGCUGAACUAGCGGGCUGUGGCAUGGCCGCUCUGCACAUCCACCCACGCUCCGCGGAACUGUUCGCCGUCCUCUCGGGCCGCGUGUACACGGAAAUGAUCACCGAGACAGGCGUUGUCGACGCCAACGGCAACCCGCGCCUGGUCCGGACUGAGUUGGGUCCCAAGCAAAUGACGGUGUUCCCGCAGGGUUCGUUUCAUGCCCAAAUGAACCCGGACUGCACCCCGGCGCUGGCUAUUGCCGCAUUUACCUCGGACGAUCCGGGUGCGGCUCUGAUCCUGCCGCAGGCGUUUGCAGAGACGGAUGACUUUGUGCUGAACGCGUUUGGGGGCGCCAUUGGGAAGGAGGAGCUGGCGAAGUUUAGGAAGUUGAUGCCGAAGGGAGCGAUUUUUGAGGUCGAGGAGUGCCGGAAGAGAUGUGGUUUGUAA